GUUACGCAAACAGUCAAUUAACUUACAUUUGUUCAAACACCCGUCUUAACAUGCUUUCAAUUUAUUUCCACAAAUUUUCGAGGUUAAAAGCAGAAAUAUAUAUAUGAUCAUACCAUGUCGUCUUAAACUGUGAUUGAAGGCGACCCCUGUCAAGAACGAGGACUUUAUCCACAGCACACCCCCGGUCCCACCAUAAGCAGGUAAACAACCCCUCUUCUUACUUCAUAUCACAUCUACUGCCCGCUUCCCGAGCUGAUACCAUUGUUUUUCCUUCGUCCCCUUGACUUCCUUUGGUAUUUCCGGCGUAGGAACACUGAUGUAUACGAGCCUGGAUCCUCGUCAUGCGGAGAUAAGGUUACUCGGUGUUGUUCCAUGUCUCGAAUAUGACGCGAAAGUCUCUUGCGAGAUCACGAUUGCUCAACUGCAGAACUCCCCGCCGCAAUAUGCAGCAUUAUCAUAUGUGUGGGGUGAUGCAUCAAUCACAGAGGAGAUAUUGGUUAAUGGGCAACCAUUUCAGGCUACCAAGAGUCUAGCCUCAGCACUCAGACAGUUCAGGGAGUCUUACGCAGGUAAACAUGGUGCGCCUUCGUUUCUGUGGGCAGACGCUGUCUGCAUCAAUCAGCAAGACCUGGUCGAAAGAGCACAGCAGGUUUCCAUGAUGGGUCCCAUCUAUUCCAAGGCGGAUUGGGUUAUCUCCUGGCUGGGUCCUUUCGAUGGAUCCACCGAAUCAGCUUUCAGCCUUAUCAAGGCUUGCGCUGGUCAUGUUGAAGGGAUCGUGAAGAAGAUGGGCCAAUACCCUGAGGCGAAUAUUGCCUUCAUGGACUCAGAGCUCGAAUUUUUAGGACAGAACUGUAGCUUUUACGAACAAAAUACAGAACGCUCUGCAAGGAAUGAAGCCUGGAACGCAGUGGACAAGCUUAGUGCCCAUGUCUACUGGACCCGGAUCUGGAUUGUACAAGAGGUCGUUUUGGCGCAAAGACCAGCCGCCAUCAUCAUCCAUUGUGGCAGGGAGUCCAUGACUUUCGAACAGCUAAGCGACUUCAACCUAUUUACUGAGAGAUUCUUGCAGCAGAAGCCGGCAAAACCUAUUUUCUUUGACCAACGUGUAUGGGAUUGGGUUAUUCAUGACAGCGAGCUCUCCUUGACGUUCAUCAAUCUCGUUCAGGGACUGAGGAAAUCCGUGCUAAAGGACGACUACCGCAUAGUCUCAUACAUCAGUACGACGUGUCGGUCCACGGAUCCAAGGGACGCCGUGUUUGGACUCUAUGGACUCACAGGAGGAGAGAUCGUUCCAGACUACACCAAAGAGGUGGUUGAAGUCUACAUGGACUUCGUAGCUGCGGUGUUGCGCCACAGAAAGUACAAAAACUUCUUUUGUUUUGCUGGCCUUAUUCAUGAGAACCAAAACAUCUCCGUUUUUCCAUCUUGGGUGCCGAGAUACCAUACAUUGAAAGAUGAGGGGAACUAUGCCGUCUUGCCACCAAAUGCCUACGCCAAAUCCUGGCUCGACGAAAAGCACCCGGAAGGCCCAACGAUUAUAGGCGAGCGCAGAAUACAAUUCUCCGGAUUACGCCUUGAUCGUUGCACAAGAGUGAUUCGAUAUAUCGGCGAUCAGCAACCCGACCCACUCGAGCUUAUGAAGAAGUUCUGGUGGACUUGUUUAGAGUUCCUCAAGGUGUGGGGUGAUGAACAUCCUAGAAACGGAACACGGCCACUCGAAAACCUGUUAAGUGCCCUGACAAGAGGGAAAGAUACUCAAAGUCAUCGACUACAAAUCACCCCGUCGCUACAAUGCAUGACGGCGCAUGCAUUCAGGAUCCUCUUGCGAACAGGGGAACCCGAGGACGACGAUGCUUUCAAAGAAAAGUGCGCCUCUUUUGGUUAUGCAACUCUAGAGGAGGUGAGAACAGCUCUUGAUGACGCCUUCGUGGGAACUGGAGCACCUGAAAUCUCGACUCUAUAUGAAGUCCUCACGCCGGCGGAAUACGAUGACGCAUGCAACGCAUUUAAUCAAAUGAUCCGUCUAUUGUUUAAGUGGAUUGGUUGGCCACUGUUCAUCACGACUAAUGGACGCGUAGGACUUGCACCGCCUGCUGUUGCGGAUGGUGACAUAGUAUGCCUUCUGGAAGGAUUUUCAAUACCCUGUCUGUUAAGGGGGAUGGAUCAGGACUUUGUGUUAGUAGGCUCAUGCUAUGUAAAUGGCUACUCGGACGGGGAGCCCUUACAACAUCUUAACGAUGGCAGUUUAAAGCUUGAGGUGUUCCAUUUACAAUGAUAGAGCCACGUCUGAAUAGAGUCGC